AAUGUAAACCGCCGCGUGCAUGUGUGUCGCCCUAGUAGCGCAUCUGUCAUCUCGGUAAUUACACAUCGGAAGUUGAAAAGAAAUUAAAAGUCUGUCGGGAGCGAACGUUAGAUUCGCCGCAGCCGUUCCACCCUCGACGGUGGCCGGACGAUCGUAUUGGGAGAAACCAAUUGGCAUACUCGUCUGCAGUUAAAAUUUCAUCGAGACGUAAGCGGUCGGUCGUGAGAGGUUAUAAUCCCAGCGGUCGUACGGAGAUGAGGAACAACCGAUGUUUCUUAACGCGAGAGCUGAUUGCGUUCGCGAUGUGAGGAAUUGAAUUCGGGACGCGACAUAUCGAGCUGACACGAUGGAGCUGAAGGUGUGGGUGGAGGGAAUUCAGCGCAUUGUGUGUGGCGUUACCGAAACCACCACCUGUCAAGAUGUGGUGUAUGCACUUGCUCAUGCCACAGCUCAGACAGGUAGAUUUACUUUGGUGGAACGUUGGCGAACCAAUGAACGUUUACUGGCCCCUUAUGAAAAUCCUCUUAAGAUCUUAAUGAAAUGGGGCGAAUACUCUUCAGAAGUUCAAUUGAUUCUGAGACGUUCCACUCCAGAAAAUAACAAAACAAAUGCAUUACCAUCGCGAUUGACGUAUGCAUCACGUGCAAAUGGAUUACCAAUUUCACUAUCUGAGCACGGAACAUCAAGUACUGCUACUAUGCAAGAUGACAGUAAAAAUAUAUCAACUACUCAAAGUUUAGAUUUUGCAGAUGAUAUGCAAGGAGGAUUGGAGAGAAAUAGAGACACCAGAAAGUCACUUACGUUUAGUGGAUUUCAUGGAGGUAUUACAGAAGGUAGCACAGAAAUUCAAAUGGAGAAUAACGUGGCUGUAGUUCAGCCCACGCCACAUUUGAAGAAUAAGGAUUCAAACGUUCGAAAAAAUGUACAAAAACCAGCGCAGUCACCUACGCGAGGAACCAAUACAGAAAUCGCAACACACUUAUUGCAAAAAAAGGUACGCGAGGUUCCACCUUACAGGGAACCUCCAGGUCCAUCUUCGCCGCCCUUACGCACUUUGCCACCUUACCGAGAUCCACCGCCGCCAAAUUUAAACAGUCCUGGAAGAUCGCAGUUUGUGCAUGGUAGCGGAAGUCCUCAUAUGCAUAAAGAUGAUCAGCCAUCUUCCAGUAAUUCCAUGAAAUUGAAAAGAAAUCUCAUCCAGGAAUUUCAAGAUAAAGUGCCUACGCAAUCUGUUAAUCCUCUUUCUGUCACGGCACAAAAUAUGGCGACUGUUGCUUAUACUCAACGAUAUGUUGAACUCAUAAGACUAGUCAAUAAGCAACGGGACACUAUUAAUGCUCAACAAGCUGACCUAACAAAAUUUGAUGCAGAAAUACUGUAUUGGGAAACAAAGAAUAAAGAACAAAUGCAUCAAAUGGAUUAUAUUUCCCAAGAAAUGAAUCGUAUCGAAUCUACUGGCCGCAUCAUCGAGGAACAACUCAAGGAAUUGGCUCAUGUAGAAGAAGAAAGCGAAAUAGUUAGGCAGCAGGAAAAAACACUAAAGUCAGAAAUAACAUUGCUUAGAUCAAAGCUUGCCAAUUGUGAAACAGAACUUCUUCAAUGUAAAAAUAAAAUUAGACUAGUUAUGGAAGAGCUUACCAUGGAACAACAUAAUAUAAGCCGAGAGACAGAUGAGCGGCAAAUCAUGGAACGUAAAAUAAUUAGCGAAGUGGAGCAUUUACAAAAUGAAGUAGAACAAGCUAAACGUGCAACCGAAUUAGCUUCGCAGCAUGCAGAAUCUUUAAAAUUAGAAGUAGUCAAUUUGGAAUCGGCAAUUGUCGAGAAGAAAUUACAAGUAGAGAGAUUGGUAGCUGACAUGAAAGAAGCAAAUCUGCAAAGUUUAGCUGUUGCAUGUUCAGAUGAGCAAGUCAAAUCUUUAUUAGAAGGUGCCCAUAAACCUGGAAGUACACGUAAAAUGAUAGGAUCACCAAGGCAAUUGGAAACUGCAGUACCCACGAGUAAGAAUCCACAUGGUGUGUGGGUAUAAAUAAAGAAAUCAAUAUACCUGAUAAUAAUGUCUUACAUGUGAGAAAGCAUAUCAAAGAAUAUACAUUAAAAUAUUUGUAUGUUAUACUAUUUAGUAAAGUACGUAAAGUACUUAAUUUUUCUACAUAUCUUUUAUGCAUUUAUUUCAGUAAUAUGAAUUAGUAUUAUUAUGUGUCAUAAGUUCGUAUUUUUAUAUAUCUUAUUAAUAUAUCAUCCCAUUUAUAUUCACAAAAUAUUUAAUUAAAUUUAUAAAUUGUUACAUAAACUACACUCAUAUUUUUGAAACUACGUAAUAUAUUUUUACAUUUAUUAUUAUGGUUAUUAAAAAAAGGUUUUUUUGCUUUUGAAUAUUACAUGUAUUCAUUAACAAAUGAUGAUCAAGUAUAAUGUUAUAGAUGUAUAUGUAAUUCUAGUUUAUGUAAGUAUAGGAAAUAGUUAAGUCUAAAAAUCAAAAUUAUUAAUACG